UUUACCUCCGUUCUCAUCUCAUCGCAUUAUCUUCUUCCCUAUGCUUACUGUUGGAUUUGAUCUGACGUUUGAUAGCAAAGUACUAAAAAAACCAAAGUAUCAGAAACUACAGUAAUUUAGCAUGCAUGUACAAAAUACCAUGGUUUUAAUAUAACAACGUUUUUUGAAGUAUUCACAAUGCAGAGGACCUGUUUGGUUACACCACGUAAUGCUGUAAAAUUUACUAGCUAGCUGUUGGCCGUGCAUCCAUUCGUAGCUACUAGUAGCUAGCAAUUGCUUUUAGCGGUGAUUAGUAGUAGUACUCGUUAAGAGAGAUGAGAUCGCCUCUCCGGACCUUGGCUGAUCUCUAAAGGAUAGCUAUGGAUUGCUUCGGAUCCUUUCUAUGAUCAACGUAUCCAGCCUAGCUAUCUCAUUCCCAUUAGGGAACACGCAGGACAGGGGAUCGAGCGGCGGCUUGAUAGCCAGAUGAGUUUGUUGAGAAUAUCUAGCGACUGACUCGUUUCUUUCGCUUGCUCUGUUAAAAAAAAGAGGUUCAGGGCUCUUUUUAUUAUGCAGAGAAAUUACUACAGUUUUGUAAAUACUCUAGUUUUAGUAACACAGUUUUUGGCGUUAACCAAACAGGUCACAAUAAAUAAAACCGCGGUAUCUAAAAAAACUGUAGUAUUCUUAAAAUACUUAGAAAAUACAUUGCAAUCAAACAGGGCCUUAAUCUUUCUUCCGUGUUAAGAGCUUAUGGAACACACAUGGGGCUGGGACAGGCUGAUCCCCUGGGCGCCUGAUUAUGUUCUUUUCAAAGUCUACUUGGAUUAUCUCACUGAUUACUUCCACCAAAAUUUUCCUGCUAAUAUCAACCUGUAUGCUGCAGCCUGUAGUGUAAGUUCCCUCUUGCCUAUACGAAACUAAGCUGUUAUUUGGUUGAUUGGUUUGCUUAUUAACUUCUCUGUACCGUUGCAAAUGUAAUGUUUUCAAGUGUCUGGAAAUGGAGAAGAAAUUGAGUUGCCUAGUAGGUUUCACUGCUGACCUUAAUGAACUGAGCAACAAUAUCAAGGAGAAAGCGGGCAGUGUGACUAAAACAGGUCCUGAAUGUCCUGUUGCAGCUGCUGGCUUUAUGUGUAUUGCGGAGGAAGGCAAGUUGAUGUCUGAGUUAUUGGCAUGCGAAAUCAAGAACCGUGAGGAGGAUGAUGAUUUCAUUACUGAGGUGCUGGAAGAUCAGUCAUUCAACUUUAGCAAUGAUGUCCGUCAGAUUGUGUUGAGUAUUAUGAGCACCUACGAAGGGCCUUGUUCUGAAGCUGUUGCUGCUUCCUUGCUGGCCAUGAGUAAGGAGGCUAAUAUUGUACAUGGGUUGCUGAAGCUGGAUCAGAACCACAUGGACCGCUUUGCAAAGCUUAACAUCUGUGAAAGUCAGCGGCGCCAUUUACGGAAAUUUCUUAUUGGCAUUCGCAAUUGCAAGUUUCCAGAAUUGCUCACAUCUGAGCCAGUUAUGCAAAGUGAAAAUAAUUAUGGUAACAGUUCUAAUGUUAAUGAUAUGGUCGCGAUCUCUAGUACUCCCCAAAUCACCAGUGUUACCGCUCCUGCUACUGCCAUAUCAUGUGACGACACCUUGCUCACGAAGGUCAGCCGUAAACAUAUGGUGAAGUUUCUUGAGAUUAUGGAAACCACAAAGGAAUUCGAAACUGUCAACGAUGUGCCGCCAUUGGAUAUCAUCCUCUACAGAGAGCUUAUGGAACCAGCAUGGGGUUGGCAAAGGCUAUUGCCCUGGAAGUCUGGUUAUGUUCUUUUUGAAGCCUAUUUGAAAUACCUUGAUGAGUACUACUACCGGAAUAUAACUCGUGAUUUCAACCUUUAUGCUGCAGCCUGUAUUUGUCUGGAGACGGAGAAGAAGUUGAGUACUGCAGUAGGUCUCACUCCUAAGCUUGCUGAACUGAGCAAGAGUAUCAAGGAGAAAGCGGACAGUGUGACCAAAUCAGAUUCUGAAUCUCCUGUUGCAGCUGCUGGCUUUAUGUGUAUUGCGGAAGAAGCCAUGUUGAUGUCUGAGUUAUUGGAAUGUGAAACCAAGAACCGUGAGGAUGAGGAUGAUUUCAUUACCGAGGUGCUGGAGGAUAAGUUGUUUGACUUUAGCAAUGCUGUCCGUGAGAUUGUGUUUGAUAUUUUGAUCACCUACAAAGGGCCUUUUUCUGAAGCUGUUGCUGCUUUCAUGUUGGGCUUGAAAAAGGAGGCCACUCUUGUACGUGAGUUAUUGGAGCUGAAUCGAAACUGCAUGGACCGCUUUGCAAAGCUUCACAUCUGUGAGAGUCUAAGGCCAUGCUUACGAAAAUUUCUUUACGGCAUUCGCAACAGCAAGUUUCCAGAAUUGCGGACGUCUGAAUCAGAUCAGGCAAGUGCUGUGAAUGACCGCGAAGCUGACCAUGAAAACAAGAGUAUGGAAGGCAAGAGCAAUGGAGAUCUCGAUUGUACAACCUUUAGGCAUCUGCUCCCUCCGCCUCACAAUGCAGUGCAGUGCCCAGUUCUCACGCAUCUCAAUCAGAGUUCGAUGUAUACAAAGGAAAGUCAACAGAUUGCUGGCCUCUGAACCAGAUAAGGCAAGUGAUAUGAAUGAUGGUGAAGCUGACCACUACAACAACAGUAUGGAAAGUGAGAUUAGUGGAGACCAACCCUGACACGGGUGUCUUCUGAGCUACUGUACAUCGUGUUUCACUGAAGUACACUACUCCUUGUUCAUUGUUUCUUAGGUUUGUGGUGAAUUGUUUUAUCCACUGGUGUUGAACACAUAUAUAUUAUAUUCUCUCGAUCCAA